AUGUCGGUAUAUACACCAAAUUCGGCCGCGGUUGCUGCUCAACAACAGCAGCAACAGCACCAACAGAGACAGCAGCACCAACAACGGUUGAGCGAGUUAUUGGAGGCCGUGAAACAGGAGUUUGACUUUGCGUUGAACGAGGCGUCGAAUUUCAAACAGGUGAAGGAGGACUACGACUUGAAGUACAACCAACAGACUGCGGAAAUGCAGCAGAUCAGACAGACAGUGUACGAGUUAGAGAUGGCCCACAGGAAGAUUAAAGAGGCGUACGAGGAGGAAAUCUUGAGAUUGAAGACCGAGUUAGAGAAUAGAGAUAGACAGGCCCAACAACACCAAAACAAACUCAACGGGAUUGAAAAUAGACAACCCCCAUUCGGCAACUAUCCACCCCCACAGCAACAACAGCCUCCCCAACAGGCACCAGUUCCGCAAGUGUCACAAUCCCAAACUUUACCUCCUCCAAUUAAGCCAUCUCCUGCCAAACAAGAGGCCAAGCUGGAAUCGCCGAAGACUGCUAAGGUUGAGCCUACCAAAGACGAAACUGCGUCCACACAACCACCAGCCGAACCAUCUACUCCUGAAACUUCUACUGCGUUGACUAUUAUUGACAAGAGUCAAUACAUAGUAAAUCCACUCCAGAAGGCUUCUCACGUCAAAGAGAUUCCAUCUUUCUUGGCGGAUUUAGAUGUCUCCAAGGCUAAUCCAGACUUCAAGAAACAGAAGCCUGAUUACUAUGUUUUGUAUAACCCUGCUUUCAAUCGUGAUUUGGAUGUCGAUUUGAUUCAUUCUUUAGAUCACUCUUCUGUUGUUUGUUGUGUUCGUUUCUCCAAGAACGGUGAAUUCAUUGCCACAGGAUGUAAUAAGACUACCCAAGUUUUCAACGUUAAAACCGGUGAAUUAAUUGCCAAAUUGAUUGAUGAUAACUCUUCCAAUGGUAUUAACGAUGACAGCAACAACGAAAACCAAUCAGGCGAAUCCAAUGUUCAGUCUUCAUCUGCGAAUGCAAAUGGUGAUUUGUACAUUAGAUCCGUUUGCUUCUCUCCUGAUGGUAAAUUGUUAGCCACUGGUGCCGAAGAUAAGUUGAUUAGAAUUUGGGACUUGGAAACGAAGAGAAUAAUUAAGAUUUUACGUGGUCAUGAACAGGAUAUUUAUUCCUUAGAUUUCUUUCCUGAUGGAAACAGACUUGUUUCUGGUUCUGGUGAUAGAACUGUUAGAAUCUGGGAUUUAAGAUCCUCGCAAUGUUCGUUGACUUUAUCUAUCGAGGAUGGCGUGACAACCGUCGCGGUCUCCCCAGAUGGCCAAUUGAUCACUGCUGGUUCCUUAGAUAGAACAGUUAGAGUUUGGGAUUCGACCACUGGUUUCUUAGUCGAAAGAUUAGAUUCUGGUAAUGAAAGUGGUAACGGCCACGAAGAUUCAGUUUAUUCGGUUGCGUUCUCGACUAACGGUAAACAGAUUGCCUCUGGUUCUUUGGACAGAACUGUUAAGUUAUGGAACUUAGAAGGAAAACAAGACCCACAAUCAAACGUUUCUAAUAAUGCAAGCACUGGAAAGAAGUCCUCUUGUGACGUCACCUACAUUGGUCACAAGGAUUUUGUCUUAUCUGUUUGCUCGACUCCUAAGAAUGAAUAUAUUUUGUCUGGUUCUAAGGACCGUGGUGUUAUAUUUUGGGACCAACUUUCAGGUAAUCCAUUAUUGAUGUUGCAAGGUCACCGUAAUUCUGUUAUUUCGGUGGCUGUUUCGUUGAAUUCGCAAGGCACAGAGGGUAUCUUUGCUACCGGAAGUGGUGAUUGUAAAGCAAGAUUAUGGAAGUGGACUAGAAAAUAA